AUGCGUUUCACCGCCGUUUUCGCUACCCUCGCUGCCCUCGCUGUCGCAGCAACCGCAGCUCCUGCAAGCACCUCUGCUUUGGAGCAGGCCGGUGCAGUUCUCGGUGGGCAACACUCCUAUUAUCCUAUCAUUACGUACAAAAUGAUCGUAAAUUUUGGUAUCAAAACUAACAGUGGCCCUCAAAUAGUUGCUCAACAGGCGGAUUGCAAGAACCGUGACUCCUACGACAUCUGUCGCAGGAACUGCAGCCCGCUCGCUCCAGGCUUUGCCUGCACCAUCAACUGCCUCAUCGCUUACUGCCCCUAG